GAGCAAGUCUCCCUGUACAUGUUUGGCGCUAUAAGGGGUAGGACUGAGUACAAAUCCAGUCACUUGAAGACUGCUUGUGAACGCAGAGUGCACAUCGAGCUAGCUGCAGUUCUCGUCUCGUUCAGCCAUCUUGUUCAUCCUCAAGCCACUCCGAGCGAUCACCAUGAAAGGUUUUCUCGUCUUCCUUCCCCUUCUUGGGUUUGUUGCUGCCCAGAUGAAUGGCCACAUGGGAGGAGCUGGCCAGAUGAAUGGCCACAUGGGAGCCGCUGGUCAGCAGAACGAUCCGUUCUUCAAUGACUUCGGCAAAGGAACGGGUUCUAAGAUCCAACCCGCAUGGGCUGCCCCACCCCGUCAGUCUGCACCUUUCGGCAACGGCGGCAACCAGGCCGGGCAAUCCAGCACCACAGCACCAAAGCAUAACCCCAUCCCUGUCGGUGGCCCGCAGGUAGCCAACAACAACCCGUACGCCAACGCAGACCCUAACGCUAAGACUGGCUCAUCUGGCGAGCUGGCAGGCUUCGGUAAUGCUGAUGUCUUCCAUGCUGUCCUUGACGGUAACAACGCAGGCGCAGUAGGAGGAGCUCAACCACUUCCGGGACCCGGAACAGGCCGAUCUUCAGGAACGAAAAAGUCGUUGGUCGAUUAUAACAUGUACGAACUACCACCCGACGACGUGCACCCCACGAUAUCGCAGAACGCAGGCGAGGGAGAGGCAGGUAUACAAAUAGGCGCGGCUACGGAUCUAGACACAGGGGUGGGGCCAGCUUCGGCCGAGAAGAUCAACCCCUACUACUUUGGUGACGGGCUGGGAGUUCCGGGCGGUGGUUACCGGGGGCCGUUGUUGUCGAACGGCCGUCUCAGUCCGGCAAUCGACUCUCCGGACAUCCCGAAGCCGGUCGGCGCCUUCGAUGGGCUUGUACCGUUCGGUGGUGGUGGUGGUGCUGGUACCAACCCGGAUCAGAAUGGGGGAGGGAAUCUACUAGACGAUGAUCAAGUUGUCCCCCACGGCGCAUCAGUCGGUCCGAUAGUGGGUGCCUUAUUCGGUGUCGUCAUUGUGGGUCUUGUUGUAGGAGCUGUUGCUGUUUAUGUCCGGAAAAAGAGAAGACAUUCUGGUUAUUGCAGCCCAAUUUAAAAGCUAUCAUCCUAAAAUUAUUUCAAAUCUUUACCAUAAUAUAGGUUUUCUUCGCUAUUUUUAAAGAUUUUCCAUGCAAAUUCACCAACUC